AUGAAGAGGUUUACAGUAUCUCAUGUCUGGCAGUGUCUGAAGAAGGAAACAGGGCUGUACCAGCUCGCUAUGGAUAUCAUGGUGAUGAUCCGAGUGUGUAAAAUGUUCCGCCAAGGCCUCAGAGGAUUCCGGGAAUAUGAAAUCAUUGAGGCUGCUCACAGAAAGCGCCCUAUCUUCUCCUUCUGGGACAAAAAGAAGCAAGGUCGAAUCACAUUUAAUACCAUGGACUUUGUUGCAGAGGAGGGUCACUUUCCUCCAAGGGCCAUUCAGAUCAUGCAGAAGAAGCCUUCCUGGAGAGCAGAGCAUGAGAUCCAGGCCCUCUGUAACGUCUUGCAGGCUCUGGAUAGCUACCGGAACUACACGGAGCCCUUGCAGCUGCUCCUGGCCAAAGUCAUGCGCUUUGAACGGUUUGGUCGCAGGCGUGUGAUUGUCAAGAAGGGCCAGAGGGUCAACAGCUUUUAUUUCAUCUACCUGGGCACGGUCGCAGUGACCGAGGACGACGAUGGCAGCAGUGCCUUCCUGGACCCCCACCCGACGUUACUGCACAAGGGCAGCUGUUUCGGGGAAAUGGGCCUUCUGAGUUCUACAGUAAGGGAGGCCACAGUGGUCUGCAUGGAAGAAACGGAGUUCUUGGUUGUCGACCGGGAAGACUUCCUUGCUAAUAAGAUGGACCUGGAAAUUCUAAAGGAUGCUCAGUAUCGGCUUGAAUUUUUUAGGAAGAUGGAUCUGUUUCGGUCAUGGUCUGAUGAGAAGCUCUGGCAGCUCCUAACCCUGGGGAAGGUGGAGAAGUUCUCAUAUGGGCAGCUGAUCUCCGAAGACUUUGUAGAGUCAUCCUCCAUCAUAUUUAUGUGCAAGGGCAGCUGUGAAGUCCUCAGGCUGAUAGACCUUGGGACCUCCCCUUCGUAUUACAAGUGGAUCUGGCAGCAUCUGGUGCUGAUAGACAACGAACCUCUGAAGACCCACCUGCAUGGACUCUCUCCUGUGGAGAGAUUUAAGGAAUUCCAGAUCAAAUCAUAUCCUCUACAAGACUUUAGCCUUUUGAAACUUCCGCAUCUCCAGAAAACCUGGGUGCAACAAGGAACAAGCUUCAGUAGAAAGAUCAAUACCUCAGAAGAUAGUCUUCCAAAGAUGUUGGGCCCAAAGAUAAAAUCCAGGCGUGCUCAUUCGAUCAAAUGUUCCAUGGUCAAUACCAAGUGUGGUGAGCUCCCCAAGGAGGCUGCAGUGGGGGCCUACAUCAAGAUCCACACUGUGGAGCAAGGAGAAAUUGUGGGUUCUCACGAGGCCUUCCUCCCAGAGAACCAACAUGACAUGCGGCCACUGAUCCUCGUGAGCCUGGGCGCUGAAGUGAUACGGCUGAGGAAAGAAAAAUUUUAUGAACUGAUUGAUGACGACAUAAAAGAAAGUUUGUCACAGUUCAAGGUUGGGUACCCAAGUGAUGAAGAAAUGUGCCAGAAGUUCCUCAAGGAGAACAGCUGGAACGUCUUUCGGAAGGACCUGGUACGACUGCUGGUGGAGCCUCGCCAAAGCCCAACAUUCACCCCAGUCCAGCCCCAAAAGAAAGGGAUCCGCAGUCCUAAAUCAUUGACCCUGGAUUUGUGUAGUAUCAACAAGAACACUAAACCUCGUCGUCCCAUCUUUAUGGCAUCCCGGAAACACCUGCCUCCAUUGAGGAUUGUCCAGGCCAUCACAGCACCCCGGUACAAAAUCCGGGAACUCUUGCCUUAGCAUGAGAAUGCAGGGACCUUGUUGAAAACCAAUAAAUGA